AUGAGUAGAGGGAAACGGAGUUUGGAGGGAAAGGAAGAAGAUCAACCUGAGAGGAAAAGGCCUGCUUUAGCUAGUGUAAUUGUGGAAGCUCUGAAGGUGGACAGUCUCCAAAAGCUUUGCUCAUCCUUGGAACCUAUUCUUCGCAGAGUUGUAAAUUGCUAUCUGGAACAGGAGGAUCAUAGACAAGUUCGUUAUGGAAAUGUCGGGAACAUUCCACCAGUGCCCGUGCCCUUGCCCAUCUGUAAGGACAACCAUAUUUUCUUUGGCCUAGCACACAUUGAGAGAAAGAGAGAAAGAAUAUCUAUAUCUGGUGUGGACAAUGUUGGCUCUCAAGCAUUCUUAGGUGGUGCGAUGGUUGUCUGCAAGGGUGGCAAUGGUGGUUUGCUCUAA